AUGAGGCUUCUUACGCUUUCUGUUCUUGUGAUUGCGUGUGUGGAAGCAGUGCCAAAGCAGCGCCGUUCUACUCCAGAGGAAAAAUCUAUCGAAAGGCUGAAAAGAGAAACUAUCAAUAAAAUGCAACAUAACAUGGGACGCUCAAUUGAGGAAAUCAACGAGAACAGUGGAGUUGCAGGCGCAUACCACGGAGAUAUUCUCUUCACUGGGGAUGAACUGGAAGAGGUGGGGACCCGUUCCAAAAGACAAGCAAUGAGUAACCUCAAAAAGAGAUGGCCAAAUAAAACGGUCCCCUACAUAUUCUAUUAUAUUGAUGAGAAAACCAAGGAUGCCUUCAAGAAAGCAGCACAAUUAUGGAUGAACAACACGUGCAUUGACUUCAACGAACAUCCACAAUGGACGAAGAGGGGCGACCCCAUUCCA